AUGGAGACAGAGCUAGACCCUGGACUCUACCAUGGUGCUCUACAGCAUCAAGACAUGGAGCUGUUUUCACCUGAGGAAGACAGUAGUCUGUACUUCACCUACAGCAGCGGCCGCAACGAGCUGGAGGUCAACAACCUGCACUACGAGGUGGACACGGCAGCUCAGAUCCCUUGGUAUGAGAAGCUAUCAGAGCUUAGGUUGCCAUGGGAAAUCAAAGGAAACAAGCAGAAAGCCAUCAACAACCUCAGCCUCCGUGUGCACAGCGGACAGAUGCUGGCCGUCAUCGGCAGCUCAGGCUGCGGGAAAACGUCUUUGCUGGACAUAAUAACGUGUCGGGACGAGGGAGGUACGAUGACGUCUGGCCAGAUUCUGAUUAAUGGGACACCGAAACAGCUGGUGAGGAAGAGCAUCGCACACGUCCGCCAAGACGACCGGCUUCUUCCUCACCUCACCGUCCGGGAGACGCUCGUCUUUGUAGCCAAACUCAGGCUGUUGACCCACUUCACCAAGGCUCAGAGAGACAAGAGGGUGGACGAUGUCAUCGCGGAGCUCCGGCUCAGACAGUGUGCUCACACCAGGGUGGGAAAUGAAUAUGUGAGGGGUGUUUCCGGAGGGGAGAGGAGGAGAGUCAGCAUCGCUGUGCAACUGCUAUGGAACCCUGGUAUUCUGAUCCUGGACGAGCCCACGUCAGGUUUGGACAGCUUCACAGCCCACAACCUGGUGAUCACACUGUCCCGCCUGGCACGGGGAAACCGUCUGGUCCUGCUGUCAGUCCAUCAGCCUCGGUCUGAUGUCUUCAAACUGUUUGACCUCGUGGUCCUGCUCUCCUCUGGUUCGGCCGUGUACUGCGGCGCUGCUUGCGCCAUGGUGCCUUAUUUCACUGCUCUGGGAUACCCGUGCCCACGAUACUGCAACCCCUCAGACUUUUACGUCGAUCUGAUCAGUAUAGAUCGCCGGAGCCCAGAACAAGAAGCUGAAUGUUUGGAGCGAGCCAGAGUUCUGGCUGAGCACUUUCUAGAAAAUGUCCAAGACUCAGACGACUACAUGUGGAAACCAGCUGGAAAUGACACAACGUCAACACAACUUGACAGCCCUCAGCCGCUCAGUAGGAUGGAGGAAAUAAUCACAGUUUCUAACCAGAGAGACAGAUUACCUGGAAAACUGCAUCAGUUCACAAUACUCAUCAGGCGUCACAUGUACAACGACUUCAGAGACCUGGUCACCUUGUUGGUCCACGGCUUCGAGGCCCUGCUGAUGUCACUGCUGGUCGGUUUUCUGUACUACGGGGCCGGAAACGAACGUCUGUCCAUCCAGGACACGGUGGCCCUCCUCUACAUGAUCGGAGCACUCACCCCGUUCGCUGUGGUGCUGGACGUCAUAGCCAAAUGUCACACAGAGAGGGCUAUGCUCUACCAUGAGCUGGAGGAUGGCAUGUACUCCGUCACCUCCUACUUCUUUGCCAAGGUACUGGGGGAGUUACCGGAGCACUGUGUUUUCACCUUGGUCUAUGGACUGCCCAUCUAUUGGCUUGCUGGCCUUAAUGAGGCUCCAGACCGUUUCCUGCUCAAUUUCCUGUUGGUGUGGCUCAUGGUCUACUGCAGCCGUGCCAUGGCUCUGUUCGUAGCGGCCGCCCUGCCCACCCUGCAGACCUCAGCCUUCAUGGGCAACUCUUUGUUCACAGUCUUCUACUUGACUGGAGGUUUUGUCAUCAGCCUGGAGAAUAUGUGGAUCGUGGCUUCAUGCCUGUCCUAUGCCUCCUUCAUGCGUUGGGGUUUUCAGGGCUUGCUGAAGCUGCAGUUUGAGGGCAACAAGUAUGCCGUCACCAUCGGAAACUUCACCAUCAACAUUGACGGGGUACAUGUGGUGGAAGUGAUGAGCCUGAACCAGUAUCCUCUGUACUCGUGCUAUCUAGUCCUGCUGGCAGUCUGUCUGGGUUUCAUGGCACUCUACUACGUGUGCCUAAAAUUCAUCAAACAAAAAUCCAGUCAAGACUGGUGA